CAUCAUUAAACCUCCGGUGUCACCGGCGGAUGCGUCGCCUCCUCUGCGGCUCCGGACUUCGUGUUUGCGGGACGCGAGAAUGUUGUGAUUCACGCGGAGAGCGAUGAUUAGCGGGAGUUCGGAGCGGACCGGAGCGGCGGAGCUUGUGUUGACUGCGGGCCGUAGAGCCGCGCUCCUCGGGCCGGACGGAGGAUGGAGCCUCGGCUGAGCGGGGACGGGAAGCUCCUCCUCGGCCGGGUCCUAGUCUUCUCGCUGCUGGCAGCGUCUGUGAGCGGCGGCCACGGCACCUGCAAACACCGGGUCCCAGCUCCCGGAGAGGUGGUCCACCAUGUUUACCUGAGGCCGGAGCGUUUGACCAAGAGAAGCUCUGACGACCUGCAGCUGAAGAUAAAGGUCAUCUACGACUACAGCAUCGACCAACUUCCUGCAGACAAGAGGAGGCUGGUGAAGGAUAAACUGUUUCCUCAGGCCAUUGACUUCCUGCAGAGGGCGUUGAGUGUGAGGCACAGGGCGGGGCCUGUGCUGCUCAGCAGACAAUGUGCCACCAACCAGUACCUGAGGAAGAAAGAUGAUCCUCAUCGCUACUGCCAGGACGCCUGCGCCGAUGUCACCCGCUGCGGGCCCGUCGUCGUGCCACAGCACCACCUGCAGCAAUGUAAAGUGUGCAGUGAGUCUGGGAAGUCCUGUGGACCGUCUGGACCUGCAGAUGGACCGGGAGUGGGCGGGUCCGACUUUGUGCUCUACGUGAGCGGCGUCACCACCGAGCGCUGUGGACAGGAGAACAUCGUAGCCUACGCUGCUUACUGCCAGCUGGAGGCGGAACUAGACAGACCGAUAGCAGGCUAUGCUAACCUGUGUCCUGCGAUGAUCUCGUCUCAGCCUCAGGAGUUUGAAGGAAUGCUGUCGACGGUCAAACACGAGAUCAUCCACGCUCUGGGAUUCUCGGCUGGUCUGUUCGCCUUCUAUCGUGACGAUGACGGUAAACCGCUGACUCGUCGUUCUGCUGGUCUGCCUGUCUUCAAUGAGACUCUGGGUCUGUAUCAGUGGAGUGCAGCGGUCAUCAGGACAGUCACCAGGCUGUGGGACAUCAGAGGAGGAGACAUGGUGAGACACCAGGUCCAGGUCCUCGUCACUCCUCGCGUCGUGGAGGAGGCCAGGAGACAUUUCAACUGUCCCAUCCUGGAGGGAAUGGAGCUGGAAAACCAGGGAGGAACCGGAACGGAGCUGAACCACUGGGAGAAGAGACUGUUGGAGGUACAGGAGCCUGACAGCCGGGUUUCAUGUGUGUCUCUGGGAUGUAAAUGUGUUUUGUUUUGUCAGAACGAGGCCAUGACGGGUUCACACACUCAGAACCGCGUGUUCUCCCGCCUCACUCUGGCCAUCAUGGAGGACAGCGGCUGGUACCGAGCCAACUACAGCCUGGCCCAGAGACUGGACUGGGGCCGAGACCUGGGCUGUGACUUUGUCAUGAAGAGCUGUAAGUUCUGGAUGGACAGACAGAGACAGAGACGUCACGCUGUCACUCCGUACUGUGACACAGUCAGAGCUUCACCUCUGCAGCUCACCUGCAGACAAGACCAGCUCGCUGUGGCUGUGUGUAACUUACAGAGACACACACAACAACUGCCCCUGCACUACCAGUAUUUCGAGCGUAUUCCUGACGUGGCGUCUGAUCAGCUGUCGUUCUUCGGUGGAGCAGUGGAGAUCGCAGAUUUCUGUCCCUUCAGUCAGGAGUUCAGCUGGCACCUGAGCGGAGAAUAUCAGAGGAACUCUUACUGCAGAGUCACUGAGAACCAACCAGACUGGUGGAGGAACUAUGCAGUAGAAGAGUACGGUCCAGACUCGGUGUGUGUGUCUCAGAAGUCUGCGUUCGUCAUGGAGCAGUGCAGCAGGAAGAUGACCUAUCCUGACUGGGGCUCUGGAUGCUACAAGGUGGCGUGCUCGUCUCAGGGUCUCACCGUGACGGUUCAGGAUCGUUCAUUCCUCUGCGUGAGUAAAGCUCAGCUGCUCAGCGUUAGCGUGCGAGCUAACGACUGGAUCUACAACGGCGUCCUGAUUUGCCCCGUCUGCUCUGACUUCUGCGACCACUGUCCCCUCCCCCACCAGCUCCCGCCCAUCAACACCUCCAGGAGUGACCCCAUUGACCCAUGCUCCAGCUCUCAGGCUCUGACCGUGACUCUGUGGCUCCCCCUGGUGGCUGCGCUGCUGCUCUGCCACUGCAGCUGACACACACACACACAGUGUUUGGACCAAUCAGGAGUCUUUUAUUCUGACAGGGAAACUUUGUAUCUUUGUUCUUCCUGUGAGUGAAGCGUGAGGACGUGUUGACUCUGGUGCCCCCUGGUGGCAGCAGCAGGAACGACCACAGGGAUCAAUAAAAACAUUGAUGAACUGA